UCGGCUGUCGGUCGGUGCAGGCUUGCCCCGUUACUCUCAUUACACGUUGGUUGGUUAUCGGUAGACAGUCUGGAGCUCCUGGACCAUAUUCAUGGAGGAACCGUGAGGUUUUACUGGAGAGUACCGGCGGAGGGGGAGAUAACUUUUCCCGCGUGACAUUUUCCUGCAGGGGAUUUGGCGUUGCAGCGUGAUGUGUGGUGAUGGAGGAGGCGGAGCACAGCCACUACGUCGAUCAGCUGAGGUCCGAAUUCAACAGCUGCGACACCACAGCUACUGGCUUCCUUGACCGGGAGGAGCUGACAGUUCUUUGCCGAAAACUGCAGCUAGACGCUCACUUGCCGCUGUUGCUCGACACACUGCUGGGAGCACGCACCUAUGCAAGGGUGAACUUUGAGGAGUUUAAAGAAGGCUUUGUUGCUGUUCUUUCUCGCUCUCUGGACUUCAGCACAUCAGAGGAUGACAGCAGCUACCUGGAGCCAGUUGUUCCAGAGGAGGUAAAGCCAAAGUUUGUGAAGGGAACAAAACGCUAUGGCCGCCGCUCCCGCCCCGAUAACAAGCCUGAUUCUGCGCUGACCUGCGACUCGGAGGACUCGCCACUGUCCAGAAACGAGGCAACAGACUCAUCACCUACCGGAGUCCGCAGAGCCAAACUGAGACGAUCAACGUCUCUGGAGAGUGUCGAGAGCCUGAAGUCUGAUGAGGAUGUAGGAAGUCAGAAGGAGAACAUCCAGCCAGACUUUCAGUCUAAAGGACCUCAGCAGAAGGAGGUGGACUUAGGGUCUGUCGUUGAAGGCGGCGGAAGAGGAGUUUGUGGUGGAGGCGUCCUGACGGCAAUGUGUGGUCAUCCUGGCCUGCAGCAACUCAACACAGAGGAUCUGGACCUGCUGCUCAGGAAGCUGGACCCAGACCUGGACGGCAGAGUCAGCAUCAGAGACUUCCAGAAGGUUCUACGUGGCUCCGCACCCAUCUCGUGCUCCACCCCUGUACGACCGGCUGACCUGCAGAGGGCACCACAACGGUCUGAAGCUGUCUCAGAGGAGCACUGCGCUCGUUCCACAACUCCAUCCCUACUAACGGCCACUGUUGGUCACAGAGUCCUCAGCCGGCUGGAUGACGGCUCAGGAUGCAGCACCCCCGAGCGGGUCACGGCCCUCUGGACCGAGGAGGGCAUCAGAAACAGCUGGGACAUUCUGCAGACUCUGGACUUCCCUCUGGAGGAGCGUCUCAGUCUGGCAGACCUGACUCUGGCUCUGGACAAUGAGCUGCUGGUCAGCGGGAAUGGCAUCCACCAGGCGGCGCUCAUCUCCUACAAGAACGAGAUCCAACACCUGCAGAUGGUGGCAGAGCAGGCAUGCAAGGAGCGGGACAAAGUGAAGACAGACCUGGAUCUGGCUGAUCAGAGGAACCUGCAGCUUGUCAGAGAAGUGGAUGACCGACAUGCCAGCAUGGAGACACUGAACCAAACCAGAAUCAGGGACCUGGAGCAGGAAUAUCGUGAUAGACUUGCGGCUCUUCGUACUCAGUCGGAGCAGGAGAACGAGGCUCUGCUGCAGCAGGUGGAGAGAGAGCGCAGCACGCUGCAGGUUGAGCUGCAGCUCAUCAGAGCACAGGAGGCCGAGCUGCAGGAGGAGCUCUGUAGCGCCACACAGGAAAACUGUCGUCUGGAGGAGGAGCUGAGUGCUGUGAAGCUGAAGCUGACUGAUACAGAAAGCUCAGUGAACAGACUGCAGAGAGACCUGGACCAGCUGCUUCAUGACAAGUUUGGCAGCUUGGACCCUUCAGGUGCUGGUCUGAGUAAUGAGGAGCGAUUCUCCGAGAUCGUCAAAGAGUACGAGCUGCGGUGCAGGGAGCUGCGGGACAGAAAUGAUGAGCUGAGCUCAGAGGUGGAGCUGCUGAAGAGUCAGAAGAGUGUUAGGAAGUCCAGACGAUCUGCAGGAGACGACAUUUCUGCUCUGAGCUGGAGCGAACAACACCACACAGACAGCGCUGAAUCCGACUCUGACGAGUCGGAUAUGAAGCGCAGUUCUUCUCCUCUGGUCAGGAAGAAACUGCAGCCAGCAGAUAAAACAGCUCUGGGCUCUCUGGAUAACAUCUCUGGGCUUGCUGUCAGCAUCCAGACUGAACUGGCUUUAGAGCAGCUGAAGCAAAAACACAACCAGGAGCUACAGCAGCUGCACAUCAAGCUGGAGACACAGGUAAACUACUACGAGCGCAGUCUGGAGGUGAUGAGACAGAGCAUGGAGGUCGAACGUAAAGACAUCUCUCAGGCCUUCAAGAUGGAGAUCAGUGAAGUGGAGGAGCAGAAAGCUCAAGCGGAGCUGCAGGUGAAGCAGCUGAGGGAGACUCUGGAUAAACUGCAGACUCAGAUUCAACAUGGAGGAGGAGGAGGGUGGAGCAACGAGCAGGAGCGCAGGAUGCAUCGGGAGCGCGCUGAGCUGGAGCAGAACUUUGCAAAAGAGAUUGGUAACCUUGUUCAGAGACUGAGUGCUGAAAAGGACCAGCUGGAGGCUGAGCUGAAGCUGAAGAUGGACCAGGAAGUGAUGCUGGUCAGGGAGGAGGCAGAGCAGCAGCUUUCUCAGGUGAAGCUGCAGCACACAGAGGGUCAGUGCUGCCUUAUUCACCAGCUCCACCAGGAGCGCCAGCAACUGCAAGAGCAGAAAGGAUUCUGGGAAAAUAGACUUGCCGAAUCCGAGCAGGAGAGGCAGCGGUGUCAAGAGAGAGCUGGGGAAGAGCAGGCCUGGAUCUACAGUCAGUUCUCCUCUGAAAAGAAAAGGAUGGAAGAACAGCAUGAGGAGAAGGUCCAUCAGCUCCAGAGCUCCUGUCUGCAGAUGAGCCAAUUAGAGGCCAGUUUAGAGGAGUUUAGAGAGCGUUGUGGUCAGCUGGAGGAGGAUCUCGCAGCUUCCUGUGGCCGUUGUUCUGAGCUGGAAGCUAGACUGGAGGAGGCCUGUACUCAGCUGGCAGAGAGCAUCACCUUCCUAGAGUCUCAUGAGGUUCUAAAGAAACGCUUCGCUUCAGAGAAGAGCUUUCUGGAAGAGGAGCUGCAGCUUGUGAAGAGCAGGGAGGAGCAGCUCUUACUUCAGGUCACACAGCAAAAAGAGGAGCUAGGAAACCUCAAGGCUAUGUCGUACAGCAUCCAGCAGGAUCGAGAGCAGGUGGCUGAUAAUUGCAGCCGCCUCUCCAACGCUUUCAACCAACAGCAGGCCCAGCUCAGAGCCAAAGAGCAGACUGUUCAUUCCCUGAGGUCAGAGCUGGAGAAUCUACAGGAGGCCAUGAGGAACAAAGUUGAGUGUCUGUCAAGACUGACUGCUGAGCUGGACUCGCUGAAGACUGACAGGGCCAGGCUGAUCCAAGACUUGAAGGACCAGGCCAUGGCUGUGGACAACCUGCAGCUGGAGCUGGAUGGUGUCUCUGAGGAGUUGGACAGGAAGAAGAGUAGUGAGGAGGCUCUGCAGGAGGCUCUAAAGGUGGAGCAGACCCGGACCUUGCAGAUCCGGUCCAGUCUGGAUGAGGAGAGGGAAGAAGCCUGUCGUCUGAGCCAGGAGAAUGUAGGCUACACCCGGCUGGCUGACCAACUCUCCACACAGAUUGUAGAAAUGGAGGAGGAGAUCUCCGUGCUCCGAGACCAUCUCAGAGAGCUCAGCUCCCAGCUCAACGAGACCGCAGAUCUGGUCCUGGACCUCAAGAGGCAACUUAACUCCAAAACCAGAGUGAUGAAUCAGCUCCAGGCUGAGGCAGCGAACGGUACUGAACUCUUACAGAUAGCCAAGGCCUCCUCUGAGAAGGAUCACAGCAACAUUCAGCAACUGACCAAUCAGCUGGAGGUGAAGGAUGAAGAGCUCAACCAGGUCAGACUACAAGUUCUUCGGCUUCAGGAGGUCCUGCAGGACUACCAGAACCAGCUGAGGGAGGCAGAGGAGGACUUUGAACAGGAGAAGAGUAGGCUAAAACAGCAGCUGAUGGAGCUGGAAAGACUGGUCCUGGCCCUGGAGGAAGUGAUGGACCCGGGCAGUCCACACAGGGCUCAGCUGGAGGAGGUACGAUCAGAGAACGGAGCUCUUCAGGAGCGACUGAGCUUCCUGCAGCAGGAAGUCCAGAGCCUAGAGGACGAUGUGGCCAAGAAGAGGAGGAAACUGGAGGAGAUGGAGAGAGAACAUGAGAGCAGCAGAGAAGAAGAGGAGAAGCUGCACAAAGAAAACUCGAGGUACCGUGAGGAGGUUCUGGAUCUGAGCAGCAGAAACCUUCAGCUCAGCAACGACAACGCUGAGCUGAGUGCCCGUCUCCGUGGAGACCAGGAGUCAGUUCAGAUGUUGCAGGAGCAUUUAGCCAUGGUCUCCAAGGCGCAGGAGGAGGAAGGAGCAUCGGUGCGGCGGUUGCAGGAUGCCGCCAUCCAGCAGGAGAGGGAGAAGCUGCUGCAGCAGACCUCUUGGAUGCAGGAGAGACAGCUGCUGGAGAGAGAGCUCCACUCUUGCAAGGAGAAGCUGGGUCGUCUGUCGGAGCUGGAGGCGGAGCUCAGCGGUGUGACGUCGAAGCUGCAAAGGUUGGAGGAGGACAAAGCCAAGCUGCUGAGAGACGCAGACGACAGAAACAACAAGGUUGAGAAACUGCAGCAGUCGUUGCUUUCUGUGGAGCCGGAGGUGGAGUUGCUACGCUCUCAGCUCCACGCAGUCAAUCAGGUGAACCUUGGCCAUGCCCAGGAAGUACCUGACCUGCAGAGGAAGCUGCAAGAUGGUCAGAGCAAGAUUGGGGAGUUGGAGAGCAGCGUCAAGAAGCUCAUGAGGGAGAAAGAAGAGCUGAGACAAGCUCUAGAGGAGCAGGACGAGCAGACCUCAAUCAGUUUCCAGGAGGAGACCCACAAACUGAGAGUCCAGAACCAGGAGCUCCAACUCAAGCUGUCUGAACUACAGGUUCAGGGUCUGGAGGUCCACAAACUGACCCAGGAGCAGCAGAUCCUGAAGACCAAACUGAAGGAGCUGGAGACGGCACAGACGCAGGCUGAAGAUCAGGCUUUGCAGGCUGACACUGCGCUCAGUCUGGUACAGGCACAGCACCUGCGGCAGUUGCAAGAGCUGCAGGAGCGAGCAGGGGAAGGGACCAGAGAGCAGGUGGAGCUGCUGCAAGCUCGGCUGGUGGAGGAGCAGAGGAGGAGUCAGCAGCUGGAGGACACACUGAGGCUUCAGGCCCAGCAGAGCGGCACCCAGCUCAGCAUGAAGCAGGAUCAGUAUGAGAAGGCAAUGGCGGCCCUGCAGCAGAGGAUGGAGGAGCUGGAGACUAAACUGAAGGGGGUCCGGCUGGUUCUGCAGGAGAAAGUCCAGCAGCUCAAAGAACAGAUGGCGAAGAACACAAAGUCGAGCAUGCUGCUGAAGGAUCUGUACGUGGAGAACUCUCAGCUCAUGAAAGCUCUGCAGGUCACAGAGCAGCGACAGAAAAGUGCAGAGAAAAAUAACUUUUUAUUGGAGGAGAAAGUCCAUGCUCUGAACAAACUUCUGAGAGAGAUCGUCCCCGCCUCACUGGCCACGUAGCUGCUCAAUGAAACACCAAACACCUCAGCGUCACUUUCACUAAAGCAGCUUCAGCUCGGAGACAGACAGAAACAGGAUUUGUUUAGCCCAGCUUAAGCACAAAUACUGGAAGCAGGGGAAAACAGUCUUCUUACCAAUGUAAAUACAGGAGCUGGAUGCUCUGAAGGUUGAGAAUGGUGUGACAUGUUCUUAGACCAUGUCUACAAAGUGGGACCUAACUGUCUGAAGCACAAACCAUUACAGAAUGUUAGUGGUAUACCCUUCAGAUUUAUUUAUGGAUCAACACUGAAGAGCAUUGUUGUGUAAAGGCAAAUACAAUAUUUAACAUAUAAUGGACAAUAUGAUGACCAAAGGACAUUAAAGAGGGCCUAAUACAGCAACAGAAAACUGAUUUUUUUAAGAUAAAGGAAAACAUUUUGCAGAUGUUUUAUCAUUCACACAUGAGCUUAAACAUCUGUGUAGUACAGCUCACACCCAAUCAUGUUGGAGCAUUUUGUUGAAUGCUGGAAAAUUGUCUGUAUGGAGAGCAAGAGGAGUAAGUUAUUGGUUUUUCAAAUCUUCAUCGUGGGCGUCUGUGAAAAACAUAAUCAGGAACCACAAACGGUGGUGAGAUGUUGAUUUGUCGUGUGCCAGUGGGCAGGGCCAACUACAUGUCAUCACCAGCCUUUCUUGUAACAACAUCUAUUCAGCAGGUGACUGUUUCUGUUUGUUCUAGCUAAAGCUGCUUCACAGAAACUGAACUUUUGCUCCUUUAAGACGACCAACCAGUCCGACCACAGUCCUGUGCAUUCAGCAGGACAGCACUACUCUGAAGUAUUUCAGCCAUGAGGGUAUUAUGUUGUUUUAUAUAUUUGUAUUGUUGUUUUUAUGUCAAAGUGAGACUUUUUAUUUUUGUGUUCGUGGAUUUUAAGUGUCUGCAGGCGCCUGCUGUCCCAAUUACAUGUUCAGAUGCAUUCUGUUAGUCUGUGGUGUUUCCCUCAGAGUGAGACCUCCUCCUCUGAUGAUUUUUCCUGUUCAGGUACAAUGAACCAAAUCACACACCUGUAAGUGGGACAGACUGACUGACGACCAUGUAUGAUACUUAAACAUGAAAACCACAUUAAAUUAUGUUUUAUCAA